AGGUGUUGAAGUUGCCGUCGACCAAAAAUUCUAUUAUACGGCCGGACCAGUAGUUCCGAAUCAAACAGACAUGACUUUUAAUAUUUUUAUUACACCUGAUAAUAACGCAAAGUAUUGUGACGAAGAUGGAAUGAAAAUGUUAGGAAAAAUGAAAAUUGAUUUGCCGGAUCCACACCGAGGAAAAAAUAGAUUGGUUGAGUUUACUUUAACAUUUGGUACUAUGGAAGUUAAGGCUACUGCGGUUAAUAAAAGAACUGGACAGGUUUAUGAGAGUACUUUCGUUUUAGAAUUUUGA